AUGGAUGAACACAUGGUCAGCGCUCUUGUGUCUACUGUAGAGUUGAUAUCCUCAACUCUUGACGCCGCCCCAGAUAGUUGGCGUGACCAGCUGCAGACAAUCAGGAAUACUACCGCCUCCCUGGAGCUCAUUGACUCGACUCCGAACGAAACACGAAGGCGAUGGCAGAUACCUCUCAUCAGUGUCUUUCAGCGGGUAGCUUUUGCCGAUGCGGAUAAUGGCGGUGUUCCUGACGUAGCAAACUGGUGCUUGAGACAAGCGUUGACGCAGCUUCAACUAUAUCCCGAGGAUGUUGACCUCCUCACUCUGAUCGGGCAGAACUGGCUUCUUCGAGCACAGAAGUCUUUGGCAAAGAUACACCACAACGAGCGAGGCUCAUCCAGCAGCGGAGCCAGCUACGGCCACCCAUUGUCUCGAAGUGAAGAGGAAAGACUAGCGGCCAGGUCUGCUAUUGAAGCAGAAGAUCGACUCCACGCAGCGGACUAUGUUGAAGCCCGCGGCAUUCUCCUCCCAGCCACUGAAUACCUGAAGCGUGCAGUUGAUGCUGCCCGAGCUCAGGGGAGGUUGAAUGGAGUGCUUCUUGCGGCGGCCGCAGAAUCAUUCAUGAGCUUAGGCAACGUAUCGUCGACACGCAUCAGUGGGCCAUACUUUCACGAGGCGCUUGAUUAUCUCCGCGAAGCGAGUGGGCUACAAGGUUACAUGCUCCCAGCACAUUUGCAGCAAUAUCUUGAGGAAUACGGCCCGUUGGAUACCAUCACCUAGGGCUUGUCUGAAUACUACUCUGUCGUCGGGGACAGGGGCCGCAAUCAACAUUCACACUUAGUGCAUAGUACGAUACCCAGGCCUGGUGCCGUCAUCAAAUUUUGUAGCAAUUAAAGGCACAAUUCUCUCC